AUGUCAUUAUCACUCCCGUUCAAACGAGAGGGCCAGGACCCGGAGAUCAGGCCCCUGAGUAAGAGAAGCAUUAACAUGGCAUCGUCGACGCGCUCUAAUCAAUCACCCGCGCCACCGGCAUUGGUUCGAGCAAAUAUCGCCCCCGAUGCGCCCUUUCCCUCCGGCAAGAGAAGUAGUAAUUUGCAUCGAUCGGCAGCCCGCCACACGCGCAGCUCAGAUGCAUCGUACUCUGUGCGCGCGGACGAUAUCAUCUGCAAAGAUCCCUCGCAGUGUCCCUACGGUCCCGAGGCGGGUCUUCAUUCUGUCUUCAGGCAUGAUCAUCCCCACGGCAAGAAGAAGGCUAAGUGUGCAGACAAGACUUUCGAGCUGUUGCAGGAUAUGGAGCGAGCUUCGGCUGAGCGGGAGGCCGAGGCCGAGGGUCAGACGCGGCCUCGCUCUACUUCUAAGCGGGGUGAGCCGGUCAUAGUUUGGAUGGAUGGGGAUACAGGACUGAAGAUGGAGCCUCCCAAGGAAGCAGUGAGGGCCCACGAAUCGUACUGUAGGACCAAAGUUGACGGGGUGGAGACGGGCUCCCCAAUUACUGUUGGUCCUUUCCAUCGGUCUGUCCUUGAGACCAUGAUACAGGACCUUCCCGUUGCGCCAGGACAGGCCCAGAGGGGCACCCCUGGGACUCGGGUGAGCCAUGGCCCGCCUCCUCCUCCUCCUCCUCCUCCUCCUCAGCAGGAGAAUCAAAGUCCGGAACCUUUCCUCGCGGCCGGCGGCCGGACUCUCCCGCGCAACCCGGUUACCGAGCAGACCGAAGCCGAGAAGCGUAAGGUAAUGGGGGAGGUAUUGUUCCAGAUGACAGAUUACUAUCGCCAGAAGGAAUCUAAUUCGAAACAGCCAGUCGUAGAUAUGCAGCGCGAGGGAGCUGCGUUCGCGUUGAACAGUCAAGAGCAUUUCCGACAGGCAGCGGAGACUGCUCGUCAGCGAUUACAGCAGCAGAAGCUCCUCGCGAAGAAGGCGCAAGAAGAAGAGGAGUUGAAGAAGGAGGCGCUGAGACGGAAAGAGCUGCAGCGACAAGAGUUUGAGCAGCAGCAGCAACAGCAGCAACAGCAGCAACAGCGAGAGUACCAGCUUAAGCUGGAGCACGACGAAGCGCGAGCGCGCAGACGGAGUCGAAUGGAAGAGCGCAUCACCAGGCACCUGGAGCGAGAGGUCCAGAUGAAGCGGCAGCAACAGUACGAGCUUGAGCAGAAGCAGAGGCAGGAAGAACUGCAACGGCAAGAGAACUUUGCCAAGCAGAGACAGCUGGAGAAGCAUCAGCUCGAGAUGAAGCAGCGUCAGGAGUUCCAGGUCAAGCAGAAGCAGCAGCAAGAGCAAGAAGAGCACAAGCUCAAGCUAAAGCAACAGCAGCAAGAUUACGUCGAGUUGCUGUUGAAGAACGCGCAAGAAUGCAACCACGAGAACGAGAAGUGGCAAGAGGAGGAGAGGCAGAAGCUGCAGCAGAAGCAGGCAGAGCUGCACCGUCAGGAAGAGCAAGCCAAGCAGAGGCAGAGAGAAGAGUACCAGCGCCAGAUGAAGCAACUAGAGGAGUAUCAGCUUCAACAAAAGCAGCAGCAGCAGCAGCAGCAGCAGGAACAAGACCUCAAGCGCAGGAAGAAAGCAUCACAAGAGCUCAAGCUCAAGCAGCAGCAGCGCCACGAAGCUCUGCUCAAGAGCAAGCAGGAGCUCGAAGCGCUGCGGAGUGGAGUCAGACAGCGUGAGGCCGAGCUCAUGCAGAAGCAGCGACAAGAGUACGAGUACAAGGAGAGACAGAAGCGAGAGGAGCAGAAGCGGGUGCAGCUGAAGCGGCAGGCAGAGUACGAAGCCAAGAAGCAGCAGAUUGAGGCUUCUGACGUCUCAUCUAAGCCUGUUUACAACCCUGAGCAGGGGUAUGCCGAUAUGAUUGAGAUGAUCAAGAACUGGCAGCUCUCGGCGACGAAGAGCAUCCAUUCCAUCUCGGAGGAGUUGGGUCGGAUCUCUGCUACCGCGGCCAGAGCGGAGGAGCAAAUCGACCGGGACGCCGUUUCAGCGGAGAUUCGUCACGAGCCCGAGACUGUGGCCAAGUCGGAUGAGGUGUCAAAGGCACCAGAGGUUGAGGACGAUCGUGAGAUUCCUCCAUUCUCGCUAAGUUCUCCCCUAUCUCCUGUGAUUGACCCUCACAAUUGGUCCAGUCCCGGCGCGAACCCAAGUCAAGGCAUAGUGUAUAGGCUCAAGAAGGAAGACGAUGUCCAGGCCUUUGACUUUGUCAGCCAUGAGGAUGCGCUAGACCUCACGGAAGAGUUCGUCAUCACGGAGCCUAUGAACUGCUGCAAGAAUGGCAAGAACUGCAAGAAUUGCGACUGCCAGAAGCCCCCACAGGCUGGCAUUGCUAGGGCGUUGCCUUUGGAGUUUUUUGAUGAUGAUUUCCUCCUCAUUUGA